AACACCAAACAUUCGUGUAACAAGUUUUAUUUGCUUUUUAACCAACCAGUUGGUCUAUCAACGUCUUUUGACGUAUGCAGGAGACAAUCUCCUGCCACCAAAAUACAAUAAAGUCAUUAUCAGCCUGGUUAUCCUUUUUCGUAAACUGGAAUGGCUUUUCGCAAAAAAGAAAAUGUAAACUGGAAUGGCUACUAGUUAACCAAUGUUUCCUAAACUGAACAGAACUUUUUAUUAAUUGGGCAACGCUUGGGACCCGAAGUCAGAUAUUGAAUUGAUGAUGCACUCACUGCUGCUAGAUACAAUCAGACAGUAACCAACUCCAAGGCCACUCUUUAAAAACACCACUACUCUCCCAUUUGGGCCUUCUAAAAUUGACACUACCUGGGAAAGACAGAGGCAGAACAAGGACUAGGACGACAAUCAUAUCGAUGCCACGGAGUUGAUGAAAAGUGGCCCAGCAUAUUUAGGGUCUGUAUAGGGAAUAAGAAAGAUGGAUGAAGAAGAGGUUCAUAUCGCGACCGGGAAGAACUUCAGAAAGGAGAAAGCUAACAUAUUAUGGGCUGCUGCAAAUUUUCCAAGGGCCACCAUAGUUCUUGUCCACGUUCAUUGGCCAUCCAAGUGGAUGCCCUUCAUGGGUGGAAAGCUGCUAUACAAGUUUGCAGAUGAAAAGGAGAAGGAGAUGCAUAGAGGUAGAGAAACGGAGGCAAUGGUCAAGAUGCUAUUAAAAUAUAAAAGCCUAUGUGAUGAUACAAGAGAGGUUAGAGCACAUUACCUUACACAUGAUGACAUCCUUGCUGGUGUUGUAAACCUGGUAAAGAAGCUCAAAAUCAAGAGAAUUGUCAUCGGUUCAAGGAACAUGUCAAAGAAUGCGGUUCUUCGUAAAUGCUCUCAGGUUUGGGUGGUGCUUAAUGGCAAAUAUCUGUCCACUAGCAAUGAUCAUCUGGAGCAUACUGGAGGCACUGGAUAUGGAGGGAGCUCUGAAUUGCUGGCAUGUAUACAUGAGCUGAGCGAGGAAUCUGAUGGCUAUGCAACACCACCAAGUGAUUUUUAUGUAUCAUUUCAGGAAGAGGAUAUCGUGGAUGAGGAUGGGGUGAUUCCAUUGGAUAGUGAUGAACAAUUGGAAAAGUAUGAUGUGCAGGAAACUGAACAAGGCAUUGAGGAAAUAAAUGCUUCUGAGGAAGUGGGCAAAAUUUCUGAUGAUGAGAUACGGAGUUCCAGAAAUAUGAAUGAAGAGUCUGAAAAAUUGAUGGAGGAAAUGGACAAACUGCGAAGGAAAUUGAAAGAGCUGCAGGACGAGAGGCAUAAUCAUGAAGAAAGCAUCUUGUCGCCAAGAAGAAAGAAUGUAUUUCUGAAGGAGCAAACAUUACCCCAACAAAGAUACCCAGAGCUGCAAAUUCCAGAACAUAUUGUGCAGUACUCCAUGUCGCACAUUGGGAAAGCGACCAACAACUUCUACUCAAGAAACCUCAUAGGGGAAGGAGGCUAUGGCCUAGUGUACAAAGGAAAACUAGGUAGUAUGCCAGUGGCUAUCAAGCUGUUGAGACCCCAUGGUAAACCCCAUGGUAGACAAGGUUUUCCAGAGUAUCAGCAGGAGGUUGUUGUGCUUAGCCGAAUCCAACACCCACACAUCGUGAAGCUGAUCGGCGUGUGCCCAGAAUCAUGUGGCCUCGUCUACGAGCACCUCCCCAACGGCACACUCAUGGACGGGCUCUCCAAGGGGCUUCCAUGGAAGGACCGUAUCAGGAUCUUGGCCGAACAGCGUUCCGCGCUGGCGCACCUCCACUCGAGCCGGCCCCACGCCAUCAUCCACGCGGACCUGAAGCUGACAAACAUCCUCCUCGACGCCGGGAAUGGGAGUCGGCUAGGAGACUUCGGGACGGCGCGCAUCGUGCAGAUGAAGCCGCUGGAGGAGGACACCAUCUGCCGGCGGACGAACCCGAUGGGCACAAUGGGGUAUAUGGACCCCGUAUUCUUCACGACGGGCGAGCUCACCGCGGAGUCGGACGUGUACGCGUUCGGCGUGGUGAUACUGCAGGUCCUCACGGGGCUGCUCGACCUAAACAUCGUCGAGCAGGUGCAGGAAGCGAUGAAGAUGGACGCCGUGCACGGCCUGCUGGACGCGUCGGCCGGCAGCUGGCCGGAGGUGCAGGCAGAGCGGCUCAUGCGGCUGGCGCUGAGGUGCUGCAACCUGGAGCGGAAGCGGCGGCCAGCCGUCACCUCCGACGCCGAUUGGAGAUCGCUGGACAUCCUGCGGACCAUGGCGACUGCAAGUAAAUCCCGGAAAUGGAGUCAUGCAAUUGCAAACUGAAGAACUACGUACGCCAGCAGCACCACAGUGCAUCGGCGAGAUGCCAACAGAACAUAAUGGGUUUGGUCUGUGAAUCUAAACUGCCGUAUGCGUUUGGUUUGUGAUGAUAUAGAAUUUCUCUU